GCGAGCUGCAGCAUCUCUCGGAGAUGCUCACAGACAAAUUCACUCACUGGAGGUGUUCUGUAAAAGCUAAGCUUCCAGGGAUGUCAUUUUAAGAGCACAGCAAACAGAUUAUACUAUUCCCAUCAGGCUGGUGAUAAUGUCCUUGCCCUGACAACAACUUGAAGACAUAAAGCAAGUUUAAUUCUCUGACAAGAAGGUUGGGAACAGCUACCAUUGUUUAUAGUAAUAUAUGGGAUUCCUCCUCGACAACCCCGGAGGUGGUGUUUGCCCAGUCCGGUUGCAGAUAUUGAGGUAGACCACAAUGGAUUUCAGUUCCUCAUCUGUAUUUGACCAGCACAAAGGUGAUGCAGCAGAAGAGACUGACUUGACUGUGGUUUACCAGGCGGCAGCUAACGGUGAUGUGAACACACUGACUGCAGUCAUUCGAGAAGAUCCCUCCAUCCUGGAGUGCUGCGACAGUGAGGGUUGCACACCUCUGAUGCAUGCUGUGUCAGGGCGCCAGGUCGAUACAGUGAAGCUUUUACUGAAGAUGGGAGCCAAUAUUAACACACAAGAUGCAUGUGGACGUACCAGUUUAUCUCUGGCAACUUAUCUGGGCUGGUUGGAAGGCUGUGUCAGCCUGCUCAGAAAUGGUGCUAAGCAAAACAUACCUGAUAAAAACGGGAGGCUGCCACUACACGCUGCUACUGCAGAGCCCGACGUGAGGCUUCUGAACGUGCUCCUGCAGCAGUCAAAUCUUAGCGAAAUUAAUCAUCAGGACAAUGAGGGAAUGACUUCACUCCACUGGGCAGCUUUCCACAACAGGCCACAGCAUGCACAGACCCUGCUGCACAAGGGAGCAGACCUGACUUUAGUGGAUAAAGACUUCAAAACCGCUCUGCACUGGGCUGUACAGACUGGCAACAGGAUUCUGUGUUCCAUCAUCUUGGACCACUACCAAGGACCAUCAAUAAUAAACUAUGAUGAUGAGAACGGCAAAACUUGUAUGCACAUUGCUGCUGCUGCAGGCUACAGUGAUAUUAUCAGCCAGCUGGCUAAAGUCCCGGAGUGCAACCUGCAGGCCCUUGAUGUAGAUGACAGGACACCUUUGCACUGGGCUGCAGCAGCGGGGAAAGCUGACUGUGUGAAGACACUUCUAGAGCUGGGGAUAGACAGCAGCCCUCGAGACAUCAAUGAAAACACUCCUCUGACAUAUGCAAUGUACUGUGGUCACACUGCAUGCAUUAAGCUGCUGUCUCAGGAGAACAGUAGAUCGGAGUUAGUUCAUCAGUUUCCCUCUCAGAACAAUAAAAUCCUAAAGAAAGAAGGAAGAUUCAGUAUGCUGAACCACAUCUUCUGCAAAAAGAAAAAAGAAAACCAGAAAACCAUUCAGAAAGACAAAAGCAGAGACCAAUAUGCUACAGAGGAGACCUCCGAAGUAGACGACAUCAUCACCACUUUUGAUUGCAUUGUGGAUACAAGCUGCAAAGACAUUCCAGAUGAGUGUGUGACCACUACUGACUUUAAAAGAAGGACCACAGACACAAAGUACCUUAUACCAGAAAAGAAGCCAGCAGAAUGUCAUGGACUUCUGCCCAUCAGAACCCAGAGCCUCCCCCCAAUCACUGCCAGCAAUUCCUUCCUAACUGCCGCCCAGAGCACAACAUCAAGCAUGUCCUCCAGGACCAGCACUCACCAUUUUGCACACAAGUCUCAAAAGAGUAGGAGUGAACAUGACUUGCUGGAUCACAGAAGCAGCUGCCAGUCUUUGCUGGAUAAGCCUUGGAAUACAAAAUCUAACCAAAUACUCUCCUAUAAAGCCUGUACUAGAACUCCGUCAGACAAAGAGAUAAAUGGCUUAAACUCUGAUACAUCCCACCAUGUGCAUUUGUGCCCUCCCCACCUUCCCUCACUUCCUAGUUCUCCAUCAGGUAAAAAUUUUCAGAAGAUAUCCAUAGACCAACCCAAAAUAAAAGAACUUACUCCUGUGAGGAGCAGUCUGGCUCCUAUACCCAACCACUGUGCUCACAGAUCUCAUCUACCACCUCAGGGUGCUAAGAAGUUUAUAUCCCUGCCUUUAAAUUCCCUAAGGACUGGAGCAGUUGUUCUCCCACCAGUGCCACCCUCCAGAUCUCAGAAAAGGGGACAUUCUCACAAUCAUUUGCUAUAUUCUUUCUUGCCUAAUCUAUCAGGAGAGCCUCUGAAACCAAGCCUUGUCCUACCUGCAAUCCCAAGCCAGAAGAGAUCCAACCCUGCAGAACAGCUUGAAAAAUUCCUCACCAACCCAGACGCUGAAAGUUAACUCAUUGCAUUGGCCUCAAACACAUCAGCUGAAAUAUAUCUCAGCUUGUUACAAGAUAAGUAUAUAGUAAAAACUCAUUAAUUUGUGCUAAUGAUGCUCUUGUAA